AUGGGCAACGGCAAGGAGGCCGGUGCCUAUUAUGCACCGACAGGCGGAUUGCCGCCACAGACACGACUUCUCACCGACCGCGCCAUGUUCACUGAAGCCUAUACGGUAAUCCCGAGGGGCACAUUCAGCGACAUCGUGACGAGCUUCCUGCCCUUCUGGGACAAGACGCGGUUGUGGGUUAUUGCACGUCCGUUGUCGGGCUUUGCCGAAACCUUUUCGCAAUACAUCAUGGAAGUGCAGCCGGGGGGCGGUAGUGACCGCGCCGAACUUGAUGACAGCGCAGAAGGUGUGCUGUUCGUGGUCGAAGGCCAAGUGACCAUUACUAUGGCAAGCGAAACGCACACGCUCGCCGAGGGCGGGUAUGCCUAUCUGCCGCCGAAAAGCGGCUGGACCCUACGCAACGCGGGCGUGACUACCGCCCGUUUCCACUGGGUACGCAAGGCCUAUGAAUAUGUGGACGGACUUGAUAUACCCGAGCCGCUUUUCCUUAACGAAAAGGAUAUUGCGCCCUCGCCGAUGCCAGACACCAACGGUGCUUGGGCAACCACGCGCUUCGUUGACCCGAACGAUCUGCGUCACGACAUGCAUGUCACAAUCGUGACCUUUGAGCCGGGUGGUGUCAUCCCAUUUGCGGAAACCCAUGUCAUGGAACACGGGCUUUAUGUGCUGGAAGGUAAAGCCGUGUACCGGCUCAAUCAGGACUGGGUGGAGGUGGAAGCAGGCGACUUUAUGUGGUUGCGCGCCUUCUGCCCGCAGGCCUGUUACGCGGGUGGCCCUGGCAGAUUCCGCUAUCUGCUCUACAAGGACGUGAACCGCCACAUGAAGCUAUCGCGAUAG